GAGCUGAGGGAUGACAGCGGUUCCGUCACCUACGGGGUGGUGAGCUCUGUUGUGGGCAACAUCAGCCAUACCCUUUUGGACCGAUCCCGUUAUCGGGGACUCUUCCUGCCUGGCUUUCAGCCCAUCCAAGGAAACCCCUCAGCCAUGGGGGAUGGGAUUGAGAUCACCCACUUUGACCACAUCACAUAUGUCUGCCCCCGGGGCGGUGCCCUGGCGGCUCUGGACUGUGUGCUGGGGGGACAAGGGGUGGGUAUGCUGCUCCUCGCGCUGCAGAGUGCCCAGGGUGCCCCAGCACAUGGAUGUAAGCUCGUCUUCGCCGAGUCCCUCUCACAGGAUGGCACCAACCAAGUUGACACAUUCCUGGAGCAGCAUGGUGGGGCUGGGAUCCAGCACGUCGGCCUCUGCACCACUGAUAUCGUCACCACAACCAGGGCUUUGCAGCAGCAGGGUGUGCAGUUCUUCACACCCCCCACCACCUAUUACAGCCAGGGGGGCAAAGCAGAGGAGAUCCAGGGGGCUGGGCAGGAUCCCAGCAUGUUGGCAGAGCUUGGCAUCCUCCUGGACACCACAGUGCCUGGGGACAAGGGCCAGCUCGGCACUGAUGCCAGAGAGAAAACUUCUCAGGAGUAUUUGAUGCAGAUCUUCACCCAUCCCAUAUUCUCUGAGGAGACCUUCUUCCUGGAGCUCAUUGACCGUCGGGGAGCGCCAGGCUUUGGGGAAGGCAAUAUACGGGCACUGUGGAAAGCUGUGCAGGUCUAUAUGGACCAGCAGCAGUAA